AAAAAAAAAAAAAAAAAAAUUCUAUAGCUUUUAUUUUCCGUACUUUUCAUUAAAUAUCCGUGAGAGUUGAUUCUUAAUCUCGCGUAAAUUAAUUACUCUUAUUUAUGUAUGCCUCAGCACUUACUUACCACCUCCUACCUGUCAUAAGUUCAAAAACGACUUGAGGAGAGAGUGAGAAGUUAGUUUAUAAAUCUACCAUUAGAAGGACUUUAUGCAGAAUUCAAUGACAGAUCUUUUGGAGGGAGGAUCUCUUUCUUUGGUAAAAUCCUGGUUGUCAACCAGUUUUCCAAACGAAAAAACUUUACCCCUACAAAUUCCGAUAAUAGCUGACAUUCUUUUGAAGCAGAAAUGUAUUAAAAAUUUAGGAUCGAGUGAACAAGGUCUUCUAGUCCGUAGUAAUUGGUGCACUAGUCUUACUCGCAUGUUGCAUCACAAAGACUUUAAACUUCGUUGGUCUGCUAUUAUUCUGAUAGAUUGCACUAUUUCUCAAAGUUGGGAAUGUCUUAUUGAUCACGGCGUUACAUGGAUUAAGUUACUGAUUCAAUUGUUGAAUCGUCCUGAACUUCCAAGAACGCUUGAAAGCGCAAUCAGUACUGUUUCGAAAAUCUUUAUUUCUUCUUCAGGUAAACCAGGAAUCACCCGAGAACUUGUAACUCCUAAUUUAUCCUCAUUUAUAACUGCUUGUCUUCGAGUAGGUGAAACUGGGAAAUGCUUGGAAACAAUUUUUGUAUGUCUCUACCAAAUUUUAAUUCAUCAUGCCCCUACUUUUCGCCCUUUUAGUUCUUCCAUAAAAAACCUUUGUAUUGAAGUGUUGGAAGAACAUGAAAUUAUAGAUUCAACUCUCAAGAAGAAGGCUGCUGUUUUGUAUGCUUCUCUGUAUCGAUGCCAAGGGAAAGGAAAUCUUUCAGACAAUUGGAAGAAGGACUUUGUCAAUUCCAUACAGGAAUAUCACGUCGCUUUAAAUUUCCUUUUUAAUUUGAUCAUAGAGGAACAAACGUAUGCUGAUGUUGCUAGAGAUGAGGAAUUAAGUUUUCCAAAGAUUAAAGGCCAUUAUGAGGAGUCAUAUCAACUGGCCUUGCAAAGAUGUAGAAACUUGCAUUUGAUACUCAUGUCUUUCUUGUCUACAAAGACUGAAAAGUCCGUAUCUUUACCAAUUAGACAUUUACUAGAUUUGAUACGACGGAUAUACAAUGUUCAGCUAUCUUCGUCGGUGAAAUCUACAAUUGAAAAUUCUGUCCAGGCGUUAUUGUUCAUGGUUUUACCUCAUUUGCACACUCUCGCUAAUGAACUAAGUCGGAAACUACUUGCCGUCUGUCCCAGCUCCCUUAUGGUGGUCUUAUCAUCUACACUCGAUUCUGUAAAUGACUGUCUUCUUUCGGAGGCUACUCAUGAUGGCGUGUUCUGCACCUCACUGCAACUCAUUUCUGAGUUCUUGGAGAAGAUGCACGUUGACGUUCCUCUGCCAAAGUAUGAAAACGUUGUAGCUUUAGCUUUAGAAAGGAUUACUAAAUCAAAGGAUCGAGCUUCUGGUGAAGCUGUCGUGGCUGGUGCAGAUCAAGCACGAGCUACAAAGAAACGCAAAACCUUAGCCGGAAGCCAAACAGGUGAUUCCUUAAUCUCAUCGGUUUCUGCCGGAUUUUCUUUGGAUGAUAAGUGUCUCACUCAUUGCUUUUCCUUUUUGAGUUCUGUUUUAAAAAAUACCAUCAGUUUACCUAGAAUGCUUAGGACCAAAAUUGAUCGUACCAUUCUUCAGCUUGCUCUUGCGGAACCAACGCCAGAUGCUCUUACUCAUUUACAUGAUUUGCUGAUUGCGUCUAUUUUGGCACCUGGAGACUGUCAAGCAAUCAUUCUACCACAUGCUUUACAUGUCCUUACAGGACCUCUAGGAAUAAUGCAUACAUCGCCGGUAGUUUCUUCCCAUGCAGGACAAUAUUUGAAAACCUUCGACAUAUUAUUGCACCCCAGAUUUCCACCUCUUCAGAAACGACUUCCCGUAUAUGAAGAAGAAAACGCUUUUGAAUCCCGAUUCGAGCCUGUUUCUGCUAUAUCCCGAACCUCUCCAGUGUUGCAACCGCUAGGUCUAUCCGGAUUUUCAUCCAAUGCUGUUGGUGGAAACGAGGAAGCCAAGUAUGAUAGUGUCGAAGUUAAGGAUCAUUUGGAGUCUAACAAUUUGACCUCCGAACACAAGAAAACAUACCUAGCAUCUGAAAAGGCCUCAGAUGAGACGGGGAAGGAGACCAUGACAAUCGAGUUGGAUGAAUCAGAAAAUGGUCAAAAGGGAACUGAAAAUAAACAGAAUGAGUAUGGAUCUUAUCAAAAAGCCGAAGGAACUGUGACUUUUUCGAGGAGCGAUCAAAAUGAAGAGGAUACCAAAAUGACAGCUGAAGACACUAAACAGGCUACUUCUACGAUUGACAAUGAAGAGGAGGAUGAGGAUGAAAAUGAAGAAAUUGAUUUGUCAAUUAAUGCAUCAAUUGACACGGACGGAGAAGAGCCUGUGAUACACGAAGAAGUGACCACUAUUGAACAUACUUCUCAGAAGCAAGACCUUACUGAAAAAGAUAAACUGGAACAUACAAACAGUUCAGCGUCUUUAGAUCGUUCUAACAGUGUUGAUCAAGGAACUAUUGGGUUAGAAAACGAUGAAAUAACAAGUCCGUCUGAGAAUAAUGUUUCCAACGGCGACGAGGGUGUCGACGAAGACAAUGAAUCUUUGCCUAGUAUUAAUCUGGAUUCAGACAGUGAUUAAAGUUGAAGAAAAAAAAAGGCUACAUAAGGGAUAACUGGCAUUUAUUUUAGGGUUAAUUUUCAAUGGGAAUUUUGUUCAAAAA